AGAAAGAGCCACGACGAAAGCACCUAUGACAGUAUUAUGAUGUAAUCAUAAUGAUGAAGAUAUACUUGAUUUUUAGCUUCUUUUGUGCGAUUUAGUAUAUGUAAAAUCUCAAAAGGUUUUCGUCACAGUUUCUAUCUAGUUUCCGGCUGGUUGUUAAAUAAGAAAGCAAAGAAAUGGCAGAUACAUUCCGUCUUCAGAAAGUGUUAGAUGCAUUCAGAUCAUGUCUGAAUGAAAAUAAGGAGGUUUACAUUAAAUAUUAUAUAGUAGGAUGGCAAGAGCUGGUCAGCUUCAUGAACAGUUUGGGGAACGUGUUUUCCUUCAUCUCCAAGGAUGUGGUCAGCAAGGUAAAAAUCAUGGAGAACUUCCUUUCGGGUGAAAAUGGGUCCCAUUAUGUCACCGUCCAGUCCAUGGUGAAGUAUGAGCUGGAGAAUGACUUGGUGGACCUCACCAAAAGGGGCAACCACCCAGAAUCCGGUUGUCGCACUCUUCUGAGGCUACAUCGGGCUCUGCGCUGGCUCGAGCUUUUCCUGGACAGACUGCGAACCAGCACGGAGGAGAGCAAGACUUCUGUCAUGUGUUCUGAUGCUUAUAAUGAGUCUCUGGCUCAGCAUCACCCCUGGCUCAUCCGCAAAGCUGUUGACGUGGCGUUCUGUGCACUUCCAGGGCGUGACACAUUCUUUACUGUAAUGAAUGCAGGUGAUCACACGGAGGUGGUUGCUCUGUUGGGAGAGUCUUUGCCUCUCAUCUCUGAAGUGUACCAGAUCACAGAAGACUUAUAUGCAAAGAACAGCCUCCUUGAGUUACCAUAGAUGGAUGACAUAUGUGGUUACACAUCCACAUACAUAUAAUUCAUAGUUCAUAUGAUAUGAAUUUGAUUUGUCCAGGAUACCGUUACAAGGGAUCUAUGCAAAAUGCAGAUAAAUGCAAACAGUUUUAACCAGGGUUCUGCUUAUUUAACUUACCAACUACAGUACACAUUACUUACACAGAUAUUUCCUGUUAGCUGAGUGAGCUGUAUUUUAACAUAUUUGUAAAUUUAGGGAACAAUAUGAAAUCAUGAUUUUUUUUUAUUUUUAUUUAAAGGUGAAGGAUGUACAUGACAUAUAUUUAAAUUAUAACUGACACUACAUUACAUUUGAAUUCAAAGUACUGUAUAAUUGAAUAUAAAGGAAAUGUUGUUUUUUUUUCCACUUAAAUGUUUGGUUUUUCUUGUAUUUUCAGUUCAUUUUACUUAAUCGUAUCAGCUGAAAACUGCAAAGGGAGAUGUAAAGUUUUAUGUAAUGCAAUAAUUAAAUGUAACGUUCUGAAACAAAAAUACAAUUUUAUUCAUGAUUUUCUCAUUCUCAUAUUAUGUAUCACAUUUAGAUGAAACUACAGUGUUUUCAAAGCAUUGUCCGAAGAAUGUGCACAGAUGCAUCAUUCACAAUAAGACCAGUAAUGUAAAUUAAGUAAAUAAACAGGGUCUAUUUUAAGUUCAUGUUGACUUUUAAGUUAUCGUUGUCUUUUAAGUUAGACUUUUAAAUGUCACCAAAUAAUAAGAGUCAUGAUGGCUGACUAGUUUAGAAUGUAACUGUAAAUCCAGGACAUCAAGAUGUAGAAAUAUUUCAAAAAGUCCCAAGUCAUAUCAGUUAUGACAUUGAUAAAACUGUAUUUUGCUUAACCGCAUCA